AAGGUUCAGGGGCGGGCUUUGUGCUUGCGCAUGCGCCAGCUCCCGCUUUUCCCACGCUGGUUCCGCGAGCUUGGCCUGAGGAAUCUCGUGUCUGGGUCCCGUCAGGGUUGUCCCCGCUGGCGCCAUGGGCAAAACUGCUGAUUCUCGGGGUUCGGGAUCCCGACCCGACCCAGUGCGGAGCUUCAAUCGCUGGAAGAAAAAACACAGCCACAGGCAGAACAAAAAGAAGCAGUUGAGGAAGCAGUUGAAGAAACCCGAGUGGCAGGUGGAGCGCGAGGUGAUCAGCCGCCUUAUGCAGAACUAUGAGAAGAUAAAUGUGAAUGAAAUUACAAGAUUUUCAGAUUUCCCUUUGUCCAGAAAAACAUUGAAAGGUUUGCAAGAAGCCCAGUACCGUUUGGUAACUGAGAUACAGAGGCAGACCAUUGGGUUGGCUUUGCAAGGUAAAGAUGUGCUUGGAGCCGCCAAGACUGGAUCUGGCAAGACUCUGGCUUUCCUUGUUCCAGUGCUGGAAGCCUUAUAUCGUCUGCAGUGGACCUCAACAGAUGGGCUAGGAGUUCUGAUAAUAUCCCCUACAAGAGAACUAGCCUAUCAGACCUUUGAGGUUCUCCGAAAAGUAGGAAAAAAUCAUGACUUUUCAGCUGGUCUCAUCAUUGGUGGAAAGGAUCUGAAACAGGAAGCUGAGAGGAUCAACAACAUAAAUAUACUUGUGUGCACACCAGGUCGGCUUCUUCAACACAUGGAUGAAACAGUAUCUUUUCAUGCUACUAAUCUCCAAAUGUUAGUUCUUGAUGAAGCAGAUAGAAUCUUGGAUAUGGGCUUUGCUGAUACCAUGAAUGCUAUCAUUGAAAAUCUCCCCCGGAAACGUCAGACUUUACUAUUCUCAGCAACUCAAACCAAAUCUGUAAAGGACCUUGCACGCUUGAGUUUGAAAGACCCUGAGUAUGUCUGGGUUCAUGAAAAAGCAAAAUAUAGCACCCCUGCCACUUUGGAGCAGAACUACGUGGUGUGCGAGCUGCAGCAGAAGAUCAGUGUGCUGUUCUCCUUUUUGAGAAGCCAUCUGAAGAAGAAGAGUAUUGUAUUUUUCUCCAGUUGCAAAGAGGUUCAGUAUCUCUACCGCGUGUUCUGCCGGCUGCGUCCUGGAGUUUCCAUCCUCGCCCUCCACGGUCGGCAGCAGCAGAUGAGAAGGAUGGAGGUCUACAACGAGUUUGUCCGGAAGAGAGCCGCAGUGCUGUUUGCAACCGACAUCGCCGCCAGGGGGCUGGAUUUCCCAGCUGUGAAUUGGGUUCUUCAGUUUGAUUGUCCGGAGGAUGCCAACACAUACAUUCACAGAGCAGGCAGGACUGCCAGAUAUAAAGAGGAUGGUGAAGCUUUAUUAAUUUUGCUUCCCUCGGAAGAAAAGGCUAUGCUGCAGCAGCUUCUCCAGAAGAAGGUGCCUGUGAAGGAAAUCAAAAUCAAUCCAGAGAAACUUGUAGAUGUUCAGAAAAAAAUGGAAUCCAUUUUAGCCCAAGAUCAACAUUUAAAAGAAAGAGCUCAAAGGUGCUUUGUUUCCUACAUACGUUCGAUAUAUCUGAUGAAGAAUAAAGAAGUAUUUGAUGUGAGCAAGUUACCUAUCCCCGAAUAUGCCCUGUCUCUUGGUCUUGCUGUGGCACCACGGGUAAGAUUUCUUCAGAAAGUACAAAGGCAACAAUCCACCAAAGAACUGGUGAUGAGCCAAGGCAAUAAAUUUACUAAGCCAAGGGCGCCCUCCCUCACCAACGAUGAAGUGGAAGAAUUCAGAGCCUACUUCAGUGAGAAAAUGUCCAUCCUUCAGAACGGUGGAAAGAGGGGAGAAGAGACAGAGCACAGACUGGCGAGUAGUGUUCAUGAUGAAGAAGAGGAAGAGAUGGAAGGCCUGGAGGAGAGACUGGGGCAAGAAGAAGAGUCUCAAGCUCUGUCUGUUCCCAACACCGAGGCACAGAAGGUCAGGGAAGUUCCCACACCGUUCCUGGACAGAGACGAGGAGGAGGAAGAUGCCGUCUUCCUUCAGGUGAAGCGGCACAACGUGUUUGGGCUGGACCUGAAGGAGACUAAAGCAUCACAGAAGAAUGAACCUUCUAAAUCCAGUGUCAAGAAAAAAGUGACCAAAGUUGCAGAAGCAAAGAAAGUAAUGAAGAGAAAUUUCAAAGUGAAUAAGAAAAUAACAUUUACUGAUGAAGGGGAGCUGGUUCAGCAGUGGCCUCAAAUGCAGAGAUCUGUCACAAAGAAUACCGAGGAAGAAGAAGAUGCUGGUGGUGGUAUCAACUUAGAUCAAGCAAAAGAAAGACUUCAGGAAGAGGACAAAUUUGACAAAGAAGAAUACAGGAAGAAAAUCAAGGCCAAACAUCGGGAGAAAAGACUGAAGGAAAGGGAAGCCAGGAGAGAAGCCAGCAAGAGACAAGCAAAGGCCAGAGAUGAAGAAGAAGCUUUUCUGGAUUGGACUGAUGAUGAGGAUGAAUUUGACCCGAGCACGCUGCCAGAUCCAGAUAAGUACAGAAGCUCUGAAGAGUCAGAUGGUGACCAUAUGACAAGUAAAACUAGUGACACCAAGAAGAAGCAGGGAAUGCGGAAGAGAAACAACAGCGACCUGGAAGUCGUGGAACCAAGAAGUCACCACGGGAAGAAGGCCAAGUGGGACACGUCAGCGCCUUUGGACACGGGCCUGUCUUUAGCGGAGGAUGAAGAGCUGGUGUUACAUCUCCUCAGAAAUCAGAGCUAGGUGCUUCCUGUGCCUGCUGCUUUUAUACCUCUGGUCAUUAUUAUAUGGGCAAGAAGUUGAAAAACGUUGAUUUUCAGACACUUAGGUACCGUGAGUCCCAGUCCCAAAAGGCUCACUCUCCAGACAGAAGCCAGCGCUCAGCUCUCCUACGGGAUGCGCUCGGUGCCAUCUGGACCAUACGCAGACUGAUGGUGGGUUAUUUUCUUGAUCACAGUUUCCAGCAUGUGCUCUGUUAGAUUUUAUCCAUGGUUUUCUACACCUUGUCAUUGGAGAAAUACUUCCUUUGUUUUACUGGCAAGUUCUGAAGCCCUUGGCUCAUUGUUUGAAAUUCCGUCUUGCUUACUAUACAGAAGUUUCUAUGUUACUAUUAAAAUUCCUCAUAAUUUUGAUGUAUGUUAUAUUUGCAAAGAGAGUAUAAUGGACCAUCCAUAAGAAACAAUGAGUAUUUUUGAAUUGAAAUGAUCAAAAAUAAAUAAAUUUCCUAUGAAACAAAGUA